AUGUCUAAUGAUGAAAUUUGGAGGCAAGCUGUAGAAUGGUUGAUAGCAUGUAAAGUUCUUGAACAACAUAAUAUUCUUACUGCUGCUGAGGCUGAGGCAAAAGAUUUAGCCUUUGCUUUAAGAGAUGGUGUUGUAUUGUGUAAUUUAGCUCAUAAGCUAUAUAAUAGAUCAUUAGAUUAUACAAAAAUAUGUAAAAAAACAACAAUGUCACAGUUUUAUUGUAUUGAAAAUAUUAAACUUUUUUUGGAUGCUUGUAUAAAAAUAUUUAAUAUGAAACCAGAACAUCUUUUUGAACCAGAAGAAUUGUAUAAUUUUACAAAUUUUGGUAAAGUAUUAAAUGUCCUUAGUCGUAUAUCACAUUCAGAGAUUUGUAAAAGAUUUGAUAUUGAACCAUUUCCAAAAACAUAUCGUUGUAAUUCUGCCUUCAUUCAUGAUAAUGAAGAAGAAGUAUAUAGAAAGUUAGUUGAUGAGGCAGAUAAAGAUUAUGAUGAUGAAAAUAAAAUUUAUGAUGUUAAACCACAAAAAAUCGAAGAAGUAGAUGUUGAAGGAAAUAAUGUUGAUCAGAUAUAUGAUUCACUUUUUUGUCACAAAAAUUUAAAUGAUGAAAUAUAUACUUCUAAAUAUGAUAAAUGGAAACGUUUUUUACCAAAAGAACAAAAAGAUCAUGUUAUUAAAGAAAUUUUAGAUACAGAGAUACAUUUUACUAAUGAAGUUCUUACAAAUAUUAUUAAUUAUUUUUAUUUACCUCUUCGUAAUGAUCUUACCCCUGAGGAACAUAAUAAAAUAUUUUCUAAUAUGGCAGAUAUUCAAAAAUUACAUGCGGGUUUUUUAGUUGAACUGGAGAAGGCUGUAUAUUUAACUACAGGAAUUGAAACAAAAAAGCCUUUAGAGUUUCAGAGAAAAAGAAUUGGUGAUGUUUUUGUGGAGUUUAAAUUUCAAUUUUUAAAACAUUAUAAAGUUUAUAUUAUUAAUUCAAUGAAUUCAAGAGAAUUUCUUAGUGUUCUAGAAUCAUCAAGAUCUGAUAUAAGAGAAAAAAUUAAAGAGUAUAGCAAAAAAUCAAGAACACCACAAUUUAGACUUCAAGAUUUAUUAUGUAUUCCUGCCCAAAGAAUUAUGAAAUAUCAUUUAUUGUUAAAAGAUUUAUUAAAAAAAAUUAGUUUAAAUGAUGUUUUAGAAAGAGAGUCAAUUGAAAGGAGUAUUGAGGCAUCAGAAGAUAUUAAUGAAUAUCUUAAUGAAGCUAAAAGAGACUUUGAAAAUAGAAUUGAAUUACAAAAAAUUUAUGACUCUAUAUAUGAUAUGGAAUUUGGAGAUAAGAUGGAUUUUAUUGAUUAUGGAAGGCAGGUUAAAGAUGGUGAGGUAAAAUUUGCUGACUCUAAAGAAGGUGGUAAAUUAAAAAAUCGUCAUGUAUUUGUUUUUGAUAAAAUUAUGCUUGUUUGCAAAGCUCAAAGAUACAAUACUUUUACAUAUAAGACUUGUUAUCUUCUUAGUAAUUAUAAAGUUAUUGAUGAUCUUGAACCUCAAGGAAAGAUGAAUACAUUAUCAAGAAAAUUUAAUACAACAUCUGUUUUAUCAUUUUAUUUAGUAGUUAAUAAACAUACUGGUAAUAAUAAAUCAGAUGAAUUGACUGAUCAAAGUACAUCUUCAACAACUAAUAAUUAUAUUCAAAUUUGUUGUAAAACAUUAAAUCAACGAGAACAAUGGAUGAAAGCUAUAAUUCAGGCUCAGGAAAAUGUUUGUCCCAGGAAAGCUGCUGAAAAUGGGCAUUCAGUGGAGUAUAAAACUUUUAAAGAUAUCAUUGUAUGUUCAUUUUGUGAUAAAUUUUUAAAAGGACUUUACUAUCAAGGAUAUAAAUGUGAAUGUUGUGAAAAUAUUUUUCAUAGAGAAUGCCUUAUGAAUAAUAGAAAAUGUCCAGGAAAACCAAAAAGUUUUAUAAAUAAUAAUGCAGCAUUUGCAAGAAGGCAAACAUUUUCAGGAUCUCUUGGUGAAAUUGUAACAGCUAUAACUACAACAACAUCUCCAGAUCCACAUGUAUUAAAUUUUAAAGAAAAUGAUAAAAUAGAGGUUGUUGAAAUAAAAAAUGAUGGAUUAUUUAUUGGAAGGCUUAUUAAUAAACCUAAUCAAAUGGGUUUAGUUCAUCCAAAUACAGUUAAAAAAUGUAAAAUUAUGCCAAGCAACAUUUCAAGAGCCAGUUCUCUUCAAAUAUCAAAUUUUAAUACAAAUUCUGUUCAUAGAAGACAAGUAUCGCAACCAAUAUUAAAUGGAAGGAGACAAUCAAAUAAUAUAGAAAUGAUUACACAUGAAUAUUAUAAAGAAAUUUGGUAUGUUGGAACAAUUGAUAGAGAAAAAUCUCGUGAUAAAUUAAUUAAUUGUGAAGAGGGAACAUUUCUCGUUCGUUGGAGUAAUAACCAAAAAAAAUAUGUUAUAAGUUUAAAAACAGAAGAUCAUGUUAAACAUAUGAUUGUAGAAAAUAUUUCUCGCAAUGCUGUUUGUUUGUGCAAUAGUAGAGUAUUUGGAAAUCUUAAAGAACUAAUAGAAUUUUAUAAAAUUAAUUCACUAUCAGAAUGUUUUACAGGACUAUAUACAACAUUAAAAAUUCCACUGCUAAAAACAAAAUUAUACCGGGUAAAACAAAAUUUUGACAGAGAACAUUGUCCAGAGUUUGAUUUUACAGAUUCAAGAUUCUUAUCAAUGUCUCGGGGUGAUAUCGUAACAUUAGUUGACUUGAUAGGUGAAGAAAAAUACUGGUGGAUGGGAGAAAUCAACGGACGGGUAGGUUUUUUUCCAAUACAAUAUGUCUCCGAAAUUCUUGAUGACGACAAAAAAGACGAUGAAGGAGGAACAGAAAGCGAUGAAGGAACUUUUUCUAUGUCUUCAAUGCAGAAUGAUAUUCCAAAUAUUAUAGAUUAA